AUGGGUGGGAUAAAUAAAGACGAUGUUGAGAAAUACUUAGAGAACAACCCCCAGUUUGCCAAGGAGUAUUUCGACCGAAAGCUAAGGGCAGAAGUGCUGGGAACCGUCUUCAAAGUCAGCCCUGGGGAAGUGAAGGAUGGAGUUUCCUUCAAAGAGAUGUCCCGGCUGGAGGAGUCUCAUUUGCUCUUUGAGCUGCUGACAGAAAUCCAGGAGGAAGCAAGCAGCAUGGAGAAGAUAGUGCACAAGGCCCUACAGAGGCUGGCACAGCUGGUGGCAGCUGACCGGUGUAGCAUGUUCAUCUGCCGUGCCCGCAAUGGCACCCCUGAGGUUGCCACCAGACUUUUCAAUAUCACCGCCACCUCCAAGUUUGAGGAGAACCUGGUGGCCCCAGACAAUGAGAUUGUUUUUCCUCUGGACAUUGGGCUAGUGGGAUGGGUUGCUCAUACCAAGAAGCUUUUUAAUGUACCUGAUGUGAAAAAGAAUAACCAUUUUUCUGACUUUGUGGACAAGCAAACUGGUUACACAACUAACAGCAUGCUGGCAACCCCUAUUAUGCAGGGCAAGGAGGUGCUUGCUGUUGUAAUGGCACUUAACAAAAUAAAUGCCCCUGAAUUCUCUAAAGAGGAUGAAGAGGUCUUUAAGAAAUACCUCAAUUUUGUUUCUGUUGCCAUAAAACAAUACCAUAUCACAUAUCUCUACAAUAUUGAAACCCGAAGAAGUCAGAUGCUUUUGUGGUCUGCCAACAAAGUAUUUGAAGAACUGACAGAUAUUGAGCGACAGUUUCACAAAGCACUGUACACUAUUCGAAUGUAUUUGAACUGUGAAAGAUACUCUGUUGGUCUGCUGGAUAUGACCAAAGAGAAGGAGUUCUAUGAUGAAUGGCCAAUCAAGCUGGGAGAAGUAGAGCCUUAUAAAGGACCAAAAACACCCGAUGGCAGAGAAGUCAUCUUUUAUAAGAUUAUUGAUUAUAUUUUACUUGGAAAAGAAGAAAUCAAAGUCAUUCCGUCACCUCCUGCAGAUCACUGGAGUCUUGUCAGCGGGUUGCCAACGUAUGUUGCUGAAAAUGGAUUUAUUUGUAACAUGAUGAAUGCACGAGCAGAUGAGUAUUUUUUAUUUCAGAAAGGGCCUGUGGAUGAGACAGGCUGGGUAAUCAAAAAUGUCCUGUCUUUGCCUAUUGUCAACAAAAAAGAAGAAAUCGUAGGAGUAGCUACAUUUUACAACAGAAAAGAUGGAAAACCCUUUGAUGAAUUUGAUGAACAGAUCACUGAAAGUCUUACACAAUUCCUUGGAUGGUCUGUUUUAAAUACUGACACCUAUGACAAAAUGAAUAAGCUUGAAAACAGGAAAGACAUUGCUCAGGAAAUGCUCAUGUACCAGACAAAGGCCACCCCUGAAGAAAUUCAGUCCAUAUUGAAAUACAAAGAGAAAUUAAAUGUAACCAGUAUUGAAGACUGUGAUGAGAAAGCCCUCCUCAAGAUUUUGAGAGAGGAAUUACCUGAUCCAAAGGAAGUGGAACUUUAUGAAUUCCGCUUCAGUGACUUUCCCGUUACAGAGCAUGGCUUGAUUAAGUGCGGAAUACGAUUAUUCUUUGAGAUAAAUGUGGUUGAAAAAUUCAAAGUCCCAGCAGAGGUACUUACAAGAUGGAUGUACACAGUCAGAAAGGGUUAUCGAAAUAUAACUUACCAUAACUGGCGGCAUGGAUUCAACGUGGGACAGACAAUGUUCACCUUACUAAUGACAGGUAGACUAAAGAAAUACUAUACCGAUCUCGAAGCCUUCGCCAUGGUUGCGGCUGCUUUCUGCCAUGACAUUGAUCACAGAGGGACCAAUAAUUUGUAUCAAAUGAAGUCAGCUGCUCCAUUAGCAAAACUUCAUGGAUCUUCCAUUUUAGAAAGACAUCAUCUAGAGUACAGUAAAACUCUGCUACAAGACGAGAGUUUAAACAUCUUCCAGAACCUAAAUAAGCGCCAGUAUGAAACCGUUUUACAUUUAUUUGAAGUUGCAAUAAUAGCAACUGACUUGGCUUUGUAUUUCAAGAAACGGACUAUGUUUCAAAAGAUUGUGGAUGCAGUUGAAAAAAUGCAAACAGAAGAGGAAGCAAUUAAAUAUAUAUCUAUCGACCCAACCAAAAAAGAAGUUAUCAUGGCUAUGAUGAUGACUGGUUGUGACUUGUCAGCUAUAACUAAGCCAUGGGAGGUGCAAAGUCAGGUUGCCCUUAUGGUUGCGAAUGAAUUUUGGGAACAAGGUGAUCUGGAGCGAACUGUGCUAGAGCAACAGCCAAUUCCUAUGAUGGACAGAAACAAAGGAGAUGAAUUGCCUAAGCUUCAAGUUGGUUUCAUUGAUUUUGUGUGUACAUUUGUAUACAAGGAAUUCUCAAGGUUUCACAAGGAAAUUACACCAAUGUUGGACGGGCUUCAAAACAACAGGGUGGAAUGGAAAACACAGGCUGAUGAAUAUGAAGAAAAGAUGAAAAUUAUUGAGGAAGAAAAGAAAAAGCUGGAAGAAGCAGCAGCCAAAAAAGCUGAACAAGACGCAGCGAAAGGUGGAGGAGGAGGUGGCGGAGAUGAUGAUGGCAAAUCAAAAACAUGUAUAAUUUUGUAAUGUAUUUCAAUGGCACUAAAAGAGUCUCAAAGUCUAUGUUUCUGCUACAGGAAAAAACAUCUAGAAAGAACUUCAAAAAGCCGCAGUGGAUUUCUGCAAAGCAUAGGAUAGCAUAGGCCAGAUAAUCCUCUUAAACAACUGCCAUCUAUUCGGUGUCAUUACUAAUGGCAUAAAAGAGGCAGAAUCCAUUGAAACCUAGAAAACAUGAAUGAUGGUGCAAAAUAAGUUGAUUAUGAGUUCAAUUCUUGGUAUUGUUUCUUGUCACUCAAUCUAUAUACAGUAUUUUUUAUUAAAAUGUAUAAAUGCUGCAGACUGUCCAGAAAAAUAUAAAUGAUUUUUAAUGGUAGAUUACAACCAGUAAUUUCGUUGACAAGAUCUAAAUUGCACAUACCAUAACCAAAAAUUGCAGACAAUUUCAUAACUCAUAGCUUUACAUUUUUAUAUUAUGUUUAUUUCUUUCAUCUGGACCGAACUAAACCCCAUUCCUGCAUCCUCAAUUCUAGAUACAAUCCUGGAGUUGUCCCUUCACCAAUUCAGAAGACCUAUCUACUCACAUCAGUCCUGUGCCUACAAAAACAGGCCCAUGGCCCCCUGAAGCUACCACUGCCAAUCUCUAAAUGCAGCAGUGGCUUUGGAAAAACCAUUCCCUUCUCCACAAGUACACAAUUCUGCCCACUUUUAUCUGCCAAUGGCCCUUGAACAUGACAUGCUAUAUAAACAAAAACAGUCUCUUUACCUAAAACCGAAAUGUAGUCUUAAGAAUUGUAAGCUUUUUAUUUAAAAUAAAGAAUUUAUCAAAGGACCUACACCAAUAUCCCUAGAGCAGGACUUACAUGUUCAAAUGACUUCUUAAAAGGUGUAUGAAAUGCGGAUACAACAUUUUUGGACAGAAUAACCAAUAAAUUUGUCUGGUAUUUCAGAAUCACUGAAUUUACCCCCAACAAGAUUAGGAAAAAAACAGUCUUCACAAAUCCUCCCCUACCCACACCCUAGGUAGCUAGUCUGUGCAUUAAUGGUCUCUUCAUAAGCAACUAUAAAGAAUGGCAAUGGAGCUUCUCCACAGCCACUCUCCCGCUCUUGGUCUGGAGUGUCUGCAUUCCCAUAAGCAGGAGAAAGACCAGCGGAUUUAUGUACUAAAUUCAUAUUCCAGCAUAUCCAUUGGACCCAAUUCCAAAUCUAACAGUGCAGAGGUAUAAAGGGUGGUCCUGCAGCACCCAGAAAUUAUUCUGCCCAUGUUCAAGCUCCUCGAAUCCUGCCACCCUUCCUUUCUCCCCAAAACAGGAUUGUACAGGUUCUACUGCUUGAAGGGAAUCUUAACACCCACGGAGGCAGGGGGAAUAUUUGCCCCAUGAUGAAUACUUUUACUGUAUAUUAAGUUUCCCUACAAAGUGCAGAAGGAGAAAAACAUUUCAGAAUUUUCUCUUCAAUUGUGAUGUGCAGUUACUGACCAAUGUUCCAUUAAUAAGUCUGUGAUUUUGUAUCUCCAGACAUUAAACACUAUUCUUUCUAAAUGUGCAUAGGUAACACCAAAAUUAUGCUGUAUACAUGGCAUGAUGAACUACAUUCUCCUUUCUCUCUUGCCCCAUAUCCUUCUAGCAUUUUUAUUAAAAAUGCUUCAAAAAUGUUCUAACAUACGUAAGACAUAGAUAUUGUGCAACUAUAAUGAGAAAUAAAACAUCCUUCCACCAAAAAAUUCCCAUUUGUUAUAUCCUUAACUUAUUAAUGGGCCAAAUAUAUAUGCAGAUUUAAAAAUGCCAUAAACUGGUUAUAAUGUAUUAUUUUCUGUACUAAAUGUAGAUCUGAGGAAAUACCAAGUUUGCUUUUAUCAUCUACUUUUAAUUCAAAAUAUAUUAAAUGAAACAUAUUUAAUAUGUGUAUUGUACCAUUUUAUAACUGCCUUGUGAAGGCCCAGAGAAGAGUUAGGUAUCCAAAAUACCUGCCUAUUCUACAGUAUUUGCAGCAGCAAAUAUAGCAACAGACUCUACUAAAGCCCCUACAGACAAGUUACAUAGACUUAAGCUGAUUGCUGCAGAUUGGAUUUGGCUCCCAACCAAGCUUGCAAGAUGACAAAGAAUUAACCUUUAAAUCCAUCUUCUUACCUAAAGAAGACUCCACACACACAAGGCUACCUUUACUUGUUAUUCAAGGACACCUUAAAUGUGUCUCUGAACUGUCAUCCCUUCUGUAUGUAUGAACUGUUAAAAUUGUAUUAUGUUAAGUAAUACUGAAUGUAAAUAUAGAUAUGUGGAUAUACACAUAAAUCAUUCACAUGUAAUAACAUGUUCAUGGAUAUAUUACAACCAUGUCUGCAAUUAUGUUGUCUAAACCAAGUACUUUGUUAUAUGGCAUCUAUUGCAUGAACGACUCAUCCAAUUAAAGUUUCAGCUUUCAAAAAUACAGACAGUAUUUUAUAAACCAUUAACUUUACGAGACUGUUUAAAAUGUAAAUUGCAUUCAAUACUGUGGUAACACAAAUGUCUCUUAUGUAGCUGAUGUAAUCUUCCAUUGAAAAAAGAAUGGACACUGUAAUUAAUCUCGUGCAGACUGUUUCUUUGGAAACAUACAAUAAAAUGAAUUUAAAGUUAUGCUGCAAUUUGAAUAGGAAAAAAACCAGUAAGUCUCAAGUGUUAUUAUAUGUUCUUGUUU